CCUGAGCUUUGCUCGGUCGCCAGUCGGGGCCGGGAGGACAUUUUCCACUUUUUUCCCCGCUCCGGCAGUAGCCUGCUGUGAGGGGGUUUUUGUGGUUUUUCGACCUCCCAAGAGCAAUUUCGAUUUCGUUUUGUUUUUAGUUCAUACUUGGUUCAGGCAGAAGUUCUUUUGGUAAGUAGUAGUAAAUUUAUCGGAUUUAAAAUUUUAAAUAAAAAUAAUAAUUAAGUUCCGUUUCAACCCAAGUAACUUAUUUUAGUGUACUCGGCACUUUAUUGCAUUUAACGGUACGCUAAUUAAUCUUUAAAGUUAAAUACGCUAUAUAAAUUUACUGGGCUGGGAGUACGGGGUCAUAGUGAGUUAGUUAAUUAUGGGGCCGGCUCAGUGUGGCGUUUGCAACAUGUUUGCCCUUCUGGACGUUAGUGUCCAGUCGGACUUCAUCUGCGAGCGAUGUAAGCUAGUGGACUCGCUCAUGGUCAAGGUUCGCGACCUUGAGGAGCAACUGGCUCUCAUCCAAUGCAACAGUGAGUUAGAGGAGCAAGUUAAUACGCCUUUUAGGGAGAAGGUGUGUACGCCACUAGCCGGGAGGGGGGAGAAUGAAGAGCAGAGAGGUCGAGAGAGCUGGGUGACCGUAGGUCGUAGACGCAGGAAAGGGCGUACACACAUUGCAGAGGCGGCAUCACCUGAGGUGACUGUGUCGAACAGGUUUCAGGUUCUUCCAGCUUUAGAGCCGGAACGGACUGGGGAGGCAGGUGGGCCCUUGGGCACUGAGGAGCCCCCUCCCCCCAGGAAGAGGGAGGUUGUGGUAGUGGGGGAUUCCAUUAUUAGGGGAGUAGACAGUUAUGUGUGCACGCGUGAUAGAGGGUCCCGUACGGUGUCUUGCCUGCCUGGUGCCCAGGUAGGAGACCUUCCAGAUCGUGUGGAUAAGCUUUUGGCCCCAGCUGGGGUGGAUCCAGUUGUCGUGGUGCAUGUUGGCACCAACGACAUAGGCAAGGGUAGAAGGGCUGUUCUGCAGGAUAAAUUUAUAGAAGUCGCCAAUAAGCUUAGAAGCAGAACGUCCACGGUGGUAUUCUCUGAAAUACUCCCCGUGCCACGUGCAAGUCAGGCUAAGUUAGCUGAGACAAGGAAAUUAAAUGCGUGGCUAAAAGGAUGGUGUAGGAAAGAGGGGUUUAGGUUUAUGGGGCAUUGGAGGACCUUCUGGAACAGGUGGGACCUGUUCAAGCCGGAUGGGUUGCACCUGAACCAGAGGGGAACCAGUGUAUUGGGGAGGCGUAUGUGUAGAGUCGUUGAGGAAUGUUUAAACUAGGGACUGGGGGGGCAGGGAGGUUAGUUAACUAUGUCAGUGGGGGGAAACGGAAAGCCCCAAAUAAUCAUAUUGUAAGUGGGCACCGUAAUAGGCCUACCCUUUGUUGUCUGUAUUUAAACGCCAGAAGUAUUAGGAAUAAAAUUCAUGAUUUAGAGGCUUUUAUCUCAUCGGACUCUUAUGAUAUUAUAGGAAUAACUGAAACGUGGUUGAGUGAAAAGGAUGGACAAGAAUAUAAUAUGGAUGGUUACACGUUGUUCCGUAAGGAUCGUAUAGGAAAAAAGGGAGGUGGUGUUGCAGUAUAUGUAAAGGAAAACUUGCAGGCAAGGGAACUUACUGAUAUAAAUAAAACUACGGAAGCAAUAUGGGUAAAAUUAGAUGCUAAAAACUCAAAUAGCCUAAUUGUCGGUGUUUGUUACAGAACACCUAAUAUAGCUGCUGAGGAAAGCAGAUUGUUAUACAGUGAGAUUAGGACUAUGAGCAAUAAAAAUGAUGUGGUAGUUAUGGGUGAUUUUAAUCUACCAGGAAUGCAGUGGGACAUUGUCACUGGCUCUUCAGAAAAUGAACUGGAAAUGGUGGAAUUAGUACAGGAUUGUUUUUUUACUCAGUUUGUUAACACCCCUACCAGGGGAGAUGCCAUUCUUGAUCUUGUUCUCUCUAAUAACCAGGACAGGAUUGGUAAAUUAGACGUUUUAGAACCACUUGACAGUAGCGAUCAUAACAUGGUCAAAUUUGAGGUUAAGUUUAGUGUUCGAAGAGCUAAGUCCAAAUCAAAAAUAUAUAAUGUUAGGAAGGCUGACUUUAAGUGUAUGAGACUAAAACUAGAAACUGUGAACUGGAUGGAGUUAAAUAACAAAACUGUUGAAGAGGCCUGGGAAUUUUUUAAAAGCACAUUAUUGCAAGUGCAAGAGGACUUCAUACCUGUUUCCAGCAAGAAUAAAUCUAGGAAAUUGCAACCUAGGUGGUUUACUAGGGAAAUAAAGCAUAAAGUAAGGAGGAAAAGGGCUUUGUUCCAGCAAUGGAAAAUAACUGAUGAUGACAGAAUUAAGCAGGAAUAUCUAAGUCUACAGGCUGAGUUAAAAAAUGAUAUUAGACGAGCUAAAAGAAAUGUCGAAAGGAUGGUUGCAUUGGAAGCUAAGGAUGACGUUAAAAGUUUCUUCCAGUAUUUUAACUCUAAAAGAGCUCUAAAACCUGAAAUUACUAAUCUGCAGGAUAGUAAGGGUCUUAUAAUAGUAAACGACAUUGAUAUAGCAAAUGAGUUCAAUGAUAGUUUUGCACGGGUAUUCACUGUUGAGGACCUUAGUAAUUUACCAGUUAUUACCUAUCCAGCAUUGUCUAUAGCUAAUAUAUAUAUAACUGAAGCAGAUGUUUUGCAAAGCCUAGCUAAGCUCAAAAUAAAUAAAUCACAGGGCCCUGAUGGCAUCUUACCUAUAGUGUUAAAAGAGAUGAGGGAUAUUAUUUGCCGACCCUUAACUUUACUGUUUCAAAAAUCCUUAUCUGAAGGUGUGGUACCUUCUGAUUGGAAGCACGCCUUCAUAACGCCUAUUUUCAAAAAAGGGGAUAGAAGUAAUUUGUCUAACUAUAGGCCAAUCAGUCUAACUUGUAUAACUGGUAAAGUUAUGGAGGCUUUAAUCAAAGAGAAAAUGAUAGAUUACCUGGACUCCAAUAACAUUUUGCGGGAUAGCCAGCAUGGAUUUAGGAGAGGUAGAUCCUGUUUAACAAAUCUGUUGGAGUUUUUUGAGGAAGCUACUCAGGAAGUUGAUGAUAAGAAGGCCUAUGAUGUCAUCUACUUAGAUUUCCAAAAGGCUUUUGAUGUUGUCCCCCACAAGAGGCUCCUACUUAAACUCAAAGCGACAGGUAUUUUAGGUACCGUAGCGACCUGGAUUGAUAACUGGUUAACAGAUAGGAAACAGCGAGUAGUUAUAAGAGGCACAAUGUCACAGUGGGCUUGCGUUCAUAGUGGGGUACCGCAGGGUUCGAUUUUAGGACCACUAUUGUUCCUAAUUUACAUAAAUGAUAUGGAUACCAAUAUAUACAGUAAACUGGUGAAAUUUGCAGAUGACACCAAGGUGGGUGGUGUAGCAGAUACUGAAUUAGUGGCUCAGCAGCUACAGCGGGAUCUUGAUUUAAUUAGUGACUGGGCCGAUACCUGGCAGAUGAAAUUUAACGUCGAUAAAUGUAAGGUACUCCAUCUAGGGAGCAGAAAUAUAAAGUACAGGUAUUUCAUGGGUGUCACUGAAAUAAAG